GUGAUCGCAGUUUGAAACAAAAAUCAACUUUCCUGUUGUAUAAAAAGCUUUGCAUGUGAGCAAAGAGCUUGCGAUGAUGUCUGCAGUGACAGGCUCGUAGCUUCAGUGCAGUUUAUCUUUACCACAGAGGAACAAAGACGAUGAUGUCUAAGAUGUCGUUUUGGAGCUUCAACAUCUUUAUCAUCUUCACAUUUGAGUUCAUCUGCCACCUGAGCCAUGGUCUCACAGUGAAUCAAACGGCGUUUAAGAUCGUCAACCGAGACCGGUCCGUCUCGAUUGAGUGUGCGUACGAUGAACCUGAUGAACUCCUUCUGGAUGUUCGCCUCACCCGGUUAACAGAAUCAAGCAAAGAAAUGCUCUGCCAGAAGGAAAAGAAGGACUGUAAAAAUGUUUUCAUGCACAAAGAGCGUCCCAGAGAGUAUAGGUUCAUUUUACUCAACCUCAGCGAGAAGGAGAUGCGUCAUACUUACGAGUGUGAGGUGACUGUGAGAAAAAAUGACCUGCAUGACACCAAGACAGGAGCAGGAACAAGACUGCGACCAGCAAGCUGGGAAAGCUCAACAGAAACGGUGGACAGAACAACGCCAUCCCAAGGUCAUGAAGCAAAUCGGACGGAACCAGGGGGGACGUGCGCUCCUUCCCACCCUCCUGAGAUCCAGCUGCUCAGCUGGAUUCUGAUUGGUCUGCUCGCCCUGACGUUCCUGUACAGCUGCGUCAUCAGCUGCUGCUACAUCAGACACCUGACAUGCAACAAUGAUUGUGAGAACUCCACGUAUGUGGAAAUGAGGAAAGCUCCUACGAAGUGGAGUCCAGGUGUCAACAUGGGCUAAUCUGCCUCCAGCAUGUUAGUGAUGGACUAUUUUCAGUGUUUGCAAUCAACAUUUCUGAAGCUUCUGUUAAAAAACAAAAAACAUUGUAGUACCACAAAAUAAACAGCAAGAGGAGACAAAAUCAACCUGAAGAGACGGUGCAUUUGCAGAGCAGCAUUUGAAUAUUCCCAGCAUCCGCAUAAAAGUUGUAUUUUGUUAACUUCAUGUAAAUCAGGGCUGUUAAAAAUCUACAAUUUAAUCUAGAUGACUCAAAACUUCGAGGGAACAAAGAAAAGACUGUAAAUCCUUGAUUAGAAAAGAAAGAAGGACAGAAAAGAUCUUAAAGCAAGGGACACCGUUAGAAUAAAUAAAAGGGUCA